AUGAACUUUUAUCUGUCCAUUUUUAUCAUAUUAUACUCAGUAGCAUGUGGUUUUACUUACACUGAUCCAUCUGUAACAAAUUCAAACUUAGUGAAAAGAUUUGAAUAUAAAUUAUCAUUCAAAGGUCCUACUCUUGCUUUCAAAGAUGGAAGUGUACCCUUUUGGUCAUUCGGUGGAAGUGCUAUUGCAAGUGAUGAACAAGUUCGUAUUACACCAUCAAUUCGUAGUCAAAGAGGUUGGAUUUGGAGUAAAAACACAUUAUCAGUCGAUCAUUGGCUGCUCGAUGUAAAACUACGAGUAACAGGACGUGGUCGUGUCGGUGCUGAUGGAAUGGCUAUUUGGUUUACGGAAACUCCAGGUGUUGAAGGUACUGUUUUCGGUUCCAAUGAUCAAUGGAAAGGAUUAGGCAUUUUCCUUGAUUCAUUUGACAACGAUGCAUUGCAAAAUAAUCCUAUCAUUGCUGUAAUGGUAAAUGAUGGAACACAAUCAUAUGAUCAUCAACAUGAUGGUAGUAGUCAAAUUCAAGGCAGCUGUAUUAAAGAUUUUCGUAAUAAGCCUUUUCCUAUUCGGCUUAAAAUUGAAUACAUUAAUCAAGGAUUAACAAUAUAUAUCAAUAAUGGAAUCUCACUUGAUGAUAAUGCAUUUGAACUUUGUACUCAUAUCGAUCAAAUCGGAUUACCGAAAAAUGGUUAUCUUGGUGUAACGGCUGCAACAGGGGGUCUCGCCGAUGAUCAUGAUGUUUUGGAAUUUUUAACACAUACAUUUUCCGAUAGACAAGCUUUAGCACAAAAUCAAGAAACAACACACGAACAAGCUAAAAAAUAUCAAGAUGAAUAUGAAAAAUAUGAACGAGAACUUGAACAACAACAAGCUGAUUUUCGAAAAGAUCAUCCAGAAGCAACAACAUCAAUUAAUGAACAACAAGUGUUUGAAACAGAAUAUGAUCGUGAAUUUCGUGUUAUCUUAGAAGGUCAAGAUCAAAUUCGUCUAUCAUUAACUACUAUUGAUCGAAAAAUGGCUGAACUUUUGGGACGUAUUGAACGAAUAGCAUCAAGUGGUAGCGGACAACCUUCAGGUGUAGCUGGUCUAGGAUCGAAUAUACCUGAUGAUGUGGCUCGAGUUCAAGAUAUAAAUCGAGUAAUUAAUGCAAAUACUGAUAUGACGCGAACUAUUCAAAAUUUCGGACAAUCUCUAACUGAUCUUCAACAAAAAGUCAAUAAUCUGCAAACGAAUCUCAAUAAUAAACAACACGAUGUUACAGGACAACAGCCAGUUGAUUCGAAUGUUGAUUCAAAAGCUUUCAAUGAACUUCGAGAUACAAUUCAACAAAUCAAAUCUGAAACAAAUAUUCUACUGCAAAAAAUACCUGAUCAAGUUAAAUGCCCCACUGUUGUUAGCACGGGAGAUUCUUCAUGUUUAGGAUCGUAUACAUUCUUUGUGAUAAUAGCUCUACAAUUAGUUAUAUUCAUAGGCUAUUUUACAUUCAAAAAUCGACAAGAUCAUUUCUCACGAAAAUAUUUAUAA